GGUGAAUAGAAAAAAUAUGGGAAUGAAAAAAUGUUAUAAGUGAAAAAAUUCAAAUAUGAACGAUAAAGAAGAAAAAAAAGAAACCAGCAAAUGCAGACAAAAUUUGCCCAACUUCUCCACCAAUUGUAAGCUUCUCGUUUCUGGCUGUCUAUGACUCUUGCCCCAUACUAAGGAUUAUGCUAGAUGACAAUGGUAUUUAAUCCCGAACUGCUACAGGAACGAGAAGUCAUACGUAAUAUAAAAGAAAAACAUUCUUACCGGUUGUUGAUAUGUUGAGAAGGGAGAAUAGGGAGAUAAUGAGAGAGGUUUUAUUAGCGUCAAUGUAAACACUAAUAUAAGAAGAACAGGUAUAUAGUAAUAGAAAAGAGAGAAAGGUAGGAAAACGAUAGAACAGGAUAUCAGGUAUAUGUAUCACCGGUAGAAGAAAAAAAACAACAACUGAACAGAGAAAAACAUAUCUAUGGAUAAACAGUGGAAAGUCCAAUGGAAAUACAUAUAUGGACCAUAGAGAAGAAGGAGGAAAAUCACCAUAUAACAACUGGACAGUUAGCGGUAAUAGAGGGACCUCUAUUGACGCUAACAAGAGCCAUGGACAUUUGAUGAAUUCUUUCACGAAUAUGCUCCAUACAAAUGGAUUGCUAAAGUACAAGUGUUUGAACUACCUUCUCAAAAAAUAAUGAUAAUUAAUCAAUCAUCUCUUCAUACACUAAAUGCAUCAGGUCAAACUUUGGCAUCAUCUAUAUACUCUUUACCUGAUGUAGUUUUCUCAGAUUGUAUUAAAACAUUCUACUUGUCCUUUUGGAAUACAUCAAACAAUUAUGCGAUUGUAUUCUAUUGUCGUUUGACAAACAACAUUCUUAUUAUUCGAUUGAAAAAGAUGGAUGUGAACUCACUAUGUGGUUUUAGCAAAUUAAUAAAUAUUAACAAAAGUCAUUUUCAAUUAUGAUGAAUCUAGUGAAAUAGUUUGUUUUUUGUAAAUACAUUAUCCAUGAUUUUUGUUGUUAUUAGUUAGAAAAUUGACUGUCAAGUCAGCUCAUCCAAAAAAUAGAUAACAUUUUUGUUUUUAUUGUAAUAGUCAAUGGUUUUGGAGAAAAUUCUAUAGAUUUAAUUUAUUCUAAAUUAAACUAAUCUUAAUUUCUGAUUUGGGUUAACUCUCAAAGACUGUUUUGUUAGCAGGAAUUUUAGAUACAUUUUAAGAAUCAUGGACGGGAAAUGAAGUGAACUUCAGUCGACAUAUAUUGGAGUUGUAGUAGAAAUUCGUAGUUGAUACUUGGUGUUAGGCUGAAUUUGGAAUAGAAGAACAUAUUUAGUGUUUUUAAUAUGGGUGUGGGUGUGGGGUGUGUGUAGGUGCGAACAAAGAAUGAACCAACACCCGCACCCCACACCCCGGAAUUAACAUAAAAGAGACAAUCUAAUCAUAUCUAAAAUAGGUUUAAAUUUAAUAUAAUUAAAGAUAUUCUAUUUAAAAUUAUUUUCCACAACAUUUUUUUCAUUAUUUACAAAGGGUUGUUCUCCAUUACCUGCUCUCGACGAUUUAACUAUACACGAAUGGCAUAAUUUAACUUCUACCACGGAUCAAUGCAUAGAAUUUUGUCAGCAUGUUAGCUUAUUACAUGUUCAUCCAACCAAACCAUGUAAAAAAAUGCACAAUAAUUGGUAUUUAGGGUCCUCUUUAACAUCAAACGAUCAAUGCAAGUGGCGUUGUAGUACAUGUAAGUAUUCUCGUUCAUUACGUGAUGCUACUUUUUUUUCAAAGAAUCGGCUAACAAUACAACAAAUUUUGGAUUUAAUAUUUUACUGGUCACAAGGUUUAGAUUCAUAUAAAUUUAUUAGAAAAAAUGUUCAAAUAUUAGGUUAUGCAACAAUUGUUGACUGGAAAAAUUUUAUGCAUGAUUUAUGUGGUGAAUGUUUCAUUCGUCUUCCAGCUAUUAUUGAUGUGGUUAAUCAUGUGGUGGAAAUCGAUGAAAGUGCAUGGACGAAACGAAAAUACAAUCGAGGUCGUCUAGUAAAUACUCAGUGGGUAUUUGGUGGUCCAAUAAAACGGCGUAGUAAACGGCCUAAAACGGCUCGUAAUACGGUAUGA